CGCCAAUGCAGGCGGGGCCGGAAGGAGAGACAGAGCGCCGCCAUGACAGGUUGGGCCUAAAGGGAACAGAAUGGGCCACUUGCCGGCUCUGCGACCGGAAAAAACGAGGCAAGGACAGCCGAGUUGGGCGCCGCCAUGACAACCUGACCGGAAAAGGCGGAGCUCUCCUCCCGGACUGAUUUCCUACCCGCACCGGCCUGGAGAUGCAGGCGGCCCUGGAGGUCACGGCUCGCUACUGUGGCCGGGAGCUGGAGCAAUAUGGCCAGUGUGUGGCGGCCAAGCCUGAGUCAUGGCAACGGGACUGUUACCACCUUAAGAUGAGUAUUGCUCAAUGCACAUCCUCCCACCCAAUCAUCCGUCAGAUCCGCCAGGCCUGUGCUGAACCUUUUGAGGCCUUUGAGGAGUGCCUUCGACAGAAUGAGGCAGCUGUGGGCAACUGUGCAGAGCACAUGCGCCGCUUCCUGCAGUGUGCUGAGCAGGUGCAGCCACCACGCUCACCCUCAACUGUGGAGGCAAAGCCACUUCCUGCCUCCUGAGGACUCUGAACCAUGGAAAAACUGGACAUGAGUGACUGGCUCCUUGAUGCCCCCAGCCCUGAAGAGUGGCCAGGUGGAGUCCUGAGGGGCCUCGACCUGAGUCUGGCUUCUCUGGACAGCAGGACUCACAAUAAAUAAAGACUCUGUAUACCAGG